AUGUCGUGGGCUAAUACGGGCAUGCAAGCCCUGAUACCAAUUAUUAAUAGAUUACAGAUAGCAGUAGUCGGAGGACAAAGCGCGGGCAAAUCAUCUGUGCUCGAAAAUUUCGUUGGAAAAGAUUUCUUCCUCGAGGAUCAGGCAUCGUUACCCGCAGACCAGUUAAUUUUGCAACUGGUACAUGAUCAGCAUGUAGAAUAUGGAGAAUUUUUGCACAAAAGAGGACAAAAAUUCAUUGAUUUUGAAAUGAUCAAGAAAGAAAUUGAAGAUGAAACAGAUCGUAUGACGGUAUUGAACUUGACUCUUAUCGACUUGCCGGGCUUGACAAAAGUGCCAGUCGGUGAUCAACCUCCCGAUAUCGAACAUCAGAUACGAGAAAUGUUGUUAACUUAUAUUUCACGUGAAACGUGUCUCGUUUUGGCAGUUACUCCAGCGAAUAGUGAUCUUGCUACAUCUGAUGCACUUAAACUUGCGCGAGAGGUUGAUCCACAAGGACUGCGAACCAUCGGUGUAUUAACAAAGUUGGAUCUAAUGGAUGAAGGUACUGAUGCUCGUGAUAUUUUGGAGAAUCGUUUAUUCCCACUUCGCAGAGGUUAUAUUGGUGUUGUAAAUCGAGGUCAGAAAGACAUUGUUGGUAAAAAAGAUAUUAGGGCAGCACUUGAUGCCGAACGAAAAUUCUUCAUAUCACAUUCUGCAUAUCGAAAAAACUGUAUGCAUUGGAAAAAGGAUGUUAAUGAAUAUAAAAAUUUCCAGCCAAAUGAUCCUUCCAGAAAGACGAAAGCUCUUAUGCAGAUGGUACAAACUUUCACAACAGAUAUCGAGCGAUCAAUUGAAGGAUCAUCAUCGAAGGCUGUAAGUACAAAUGAAUUAUCAGGAGGUGCACGAAUUAAUCGAAUUUUUCACGAACGAUUUCCAUUCGAAAUUGUCAAAAUGGAAAUUGAUGAAAAGGAAAUGAGACGAGAAAUACAAAUUGCAAUACGUAAUAUUCAUGGUAUUCGUGUUGGUCUGUUCACACCUGACAUGGCAUUUGAAACUAUUGUAAAGAAACAGAUCGAACGGUUAAAGGAACCAUCAUUGAAAUGUGUUGAUUUAGUUGUAAAUGAAUUGGCCUCUGUUGUGCGACAAUGUGCUGAAUGUGUUGCACGGUAUCCAAGAUUGCGAGACGAAAUUGAACGAAUUGUAACCACAAAUAUGCGAGAAAAAGAGCAGUCUGCAAAAUAUCACAUAUCGAUGGUAGUUGAUUACGAACUUGCUUAUAUGAAUACUAAUCAUGAAGAUUUCAUUGGAUUUUCAAAUGCGGAAGCAAAGGCAUCGUCGACUUCACAAAAGAAAAAUCUUGGUAAUCAGGUGAUAAGGAAAGGUUGGUUAUCAGUGCACAAUAUAUCUUUCGUGCGUGGUUCAAAAGAUUGUUGGUUUGUUCUCACAUCUGACAGUUUGUCAUGGUAUAAAGAUGACGAGGAAAAGGAAAAAAAGUAUAUGCUGCCAUUGGAUGGAAUAAAAUUGCGAGAUCUCGAAGCUGGUUUUAUGUCGAAGCAGCACAAAUUCGCUCUGUUCUAUCCCGACGGAAAGAAUAUCUACAAGGAUUAUAAACAACUAGAAUUGAGUGCUAGCAAUCUGGAUGAAGUAGAUGCCUGGAAAGCAUCAUUUCUUCGUGCUGGUGUUUAUCCAGAAAAGGAGAAAUCAGCCGGAGAUGAUGAAACAGUUACGGAAAUUGAAGAAACAUCAAUGGAUCCACAGCUCGAACGUCAAGUGGAAACAAUUCGUAAUUUGGUCGACUCUUACAUGCGGAUUGUUACAAAAACAAUACGAGAUCUUGUACCGAAAGCAAUUAUGUUUCUCAUUGUUAAUAAAGUUAAUGAGUUUCUACGCGAUGGUGAUCUUUUGGCUAAUCUUUAUCAGCUUGGUGAUACAGAUUCGCUGAUGGAAGAAAGCCAGCUUGAAGCACAAAAACGAGAAGAAAUGUUCCGAAUGUAUCAUGCUUGUAAGGAAGCGUUAAAAAUUAUUGGCGAAGUAAAUAUGUCUACGAUGUCAACUGAUGCACUUCCUGCAGUAGCAAGCGAUUGGUUGAGAUCUAAUGGACCAUCUCCGAUAUCGCGACCUGGAAUGGGUGGUGGAUUAACUGUGCAGCGUCCAGCUCCAAUGCCACCACGGCCGACGGGAAAUGUGCAGGAUGCAUCUUCGCUUGUGAGUCGACCAUUACCGGGACCACCGGGUGGCCUUUCUGCUCCGCUGCUACCUAUUCGAGUGCAUAACAAUUCAGCGGUUCAAAAUGGUGUACCACCAAGGAUACCAGAUAGACCGCAGAAACCAUCACGUCCUUAUUGA